UGGUGGACUGGCUGUGGAGGGAACUCAAACUUGUUCUACUCUUAUCCACAUUGUAUGUUCUAUUGUGGAGAGUUUGCAGAGGGGCGUGGCCCAGGAAUUGACGAGAACUAUUGGGGAAAAAGAAAUAGAUCCACAAUGUCACAAGCGUCACUUGCCGUGUUUCAACAAUCUGGAUCCUUUACCCAAUUUCCACAGCAAUCUCAACAAACCUUCCGUGAUCGGUCACAGCAGGGUAUUUCGGAUUGGUCACAACAUCAGGGAUUUGCAGAUCAGCACAGAAUUGUCCAUCCUCAGCCUCAGCAGAGACGCGAAACCUAUGGAGUUGACACAGCCUUUCAAAAUCAGAGAGAACAAAUCGCGUGGAAAAAUUAUGAACAAGCCUUGAGGCAAGCAAGGGGAGAUGUGCGAACAGACUAUCAACAUGGCGGUCAGCAAUCACGCUACCAACCACCUGUCUAUGUAAAGGCUGAUCAGCAACCGCAUUACCAACAGUCAAUCUCUGCUGGAGAUCAGCAAACACGUUAUCAGCAGUCAGUCUCCUCAAGUGGCGACCAUAGGACACAGUAUCAGCAGACAACCUCUCCAAACGCAAGAACCGUUGUGGUUACGAGAACCGGACCCGGUUAUAGAGACCAAGUAAGUCAUCUCUAA